AUAUCGUCGACGUCAUUUGUUUGCGCCAUUUCUGAGGGAGCAGAGUGUCAAACAGUGGUUAACUUCGCAUAAGGUCUGAUCAUUGACAUCGUCUCUGCAUGUGAAUGGUAUUAACGGUGACAAUGCCAGAGAAAAAUGGAGAUACGUAUAAAACUUUUAAACAGAGGAAAAGUUUUGCUGUGCGGAAGGAAGAGGUAGUGGGCAUAAGAUCAAAGUUCCCUACAAAAGUACCGGUGAUUGUAGAGAGAUAUUACAAGGAGCAGCAUCUGCCAAUGCUGGAUAAAACUAAAUUUCUGGUGCCUCAAGAGCUCUCCAUGUCACAAUUUGCCUCUAUCAUUAGGAAUCGAAUGUCACUGAAUUCAAAUCAAGCAUUUUAUCUCAUAGUGAACAACAAAAGUAUUUCAAGCAUGUCAAUGACUCUGGCUGAAGUGUAUAGAGAUGACAAAGAUGAUGAUGGCUUCCUUUACAUGACUUACGCCUCUCAAGAAAUGUUUGGAGGGUGUUGAUAUUUCAGUGCAAUGUUGUGAUUGGGCAAUAAAUAAUUGAUCAUGUGAUCAAGUCUUGGAAUUUGCUUCUGGGGCAGAAUUUUCGGAGUUUUGGAGCCAGUGCUAUGGAAUCGGUUCAUACAUUUUGUCAUGAAAUAAAAGUGGAUACUUAAAAUUGUCAUCCUGAAUAAUUAAGUGUAAUGAUUUUGUUGCCAUGCUUAUUUAUAAUUAUAUAUCCAUAUUUUAUUUCAUUCUCCUGUUCCAAAAGUUUCAUUGCACAAGGAGUUACGUCAAACACCUUAUUUCUUCCCUUGUACGAUGUAUUAUUUAUUUUGCAGACAGCCAUUUUUUUUUUUCAAAGAUCAGAUUUCUAGAAUGAAGUAAAUGUGAAGCUGAAUAAUUUUUGUAUUAAUUGACAUUUUUGUUUUUAAUUUGCAACACAUCUGUACAAAGUAUUUAUUUAUUUAUGCUUUGUAGUUUCAUUUGUAUGCUAAUUAUGGUCUUCCAUAGCAAAUUGCAGUCUUGCAAUAAAAAAAACAACAACAUCAAAUUCACACGAACACACACACACAGACACAUUUGCUUUCCCUUUAAUUAAAAAUUUUGUGUAAAACAAUAAACAAAUUGGACAUCAGGGUCUGCAGUGCAUGUUAUGAACAAAUUAAUUGCUAUGUUGGAUGAAUGUCCCAAAGCUGUCACAUGUAUUGCUUUACUUUGCUUUGAUUAUCUUUGAACUUUUGAAUCUCACAUGAAAAUUUCUCUUGAGUUUAUAUGUAUUUACCAGGGGUAAUACAAAUGGAUAUUGGCAAUUGCUGUGACAGAAAACAUUUGAAAGAUUUCUAAACACAAUGUAGUUUGAAUUCAGAUAGUGAAUUCGCUAGUUGCAUUUUGAUAAGAUUAUGAUAGACUUUGGUUUGUGGUAUACCUUAUGCAGGAUUUUGUUUUGUGUAUGCAAAUAUGAAUAACUUGAUGAAGAUAGUGCUACAUGUAUUGGAAUAAUGUUGUAUAUGAAGUGGUCUGAUUCUAGUCUAAAAUGAUACAUGUGUUUCAUUGUGAUGUACAUGAUAAAUUAAGACUCCACAAUCUUUAUGUUGAUGUUAAAUUUCAUAUAGUUACAUGUAUUCAGUGGUUGAAAGUAUAAAUGCCAUGUACAUGUUGUUCAAUCAUUAGUCAUUGAUUGACUUGAAUCUUUAUUAGAAAGUUGUAUCAUGUUGCUCAACUUUCAUUCAUAAUUGCUUGGUAAUGGCAGUAUCUGAAAUUAUUUAUGCUGAAGUGACAUUGAUUGUUUUGUAGUUCUUGAAGUGACAGUUUCAGUUACUGUCUUGUCAGAUACCCAGAUGUCAUUGCUGAUCAAUUCAUGAUUUGUUAUUUUCUAAAUCCGAUUCAAUUUCUUCAAUCUGAACAAACAAAAUUGUGAAAUAUUUAAUAAAUGUUAUCAUUACAGAGGUUUGUGAAAACUGGCAUUUAAGAUGAUAUUACAUGUAUCAUUACACCACUCAUAGGAAGGCAUUAAUGAUGUUUGUGCUAUUUGUUUGUCUGUGAUAAUCAUUAUUAAUUUAUGAAUUUAUCUCCAUUCUGCCUGUAGGUGGUGAAAGGUAUUUCUCAUGUAGAAAAAGAAUGUGAUUGUUCACAAACUUAUAUGUAAUAAACUUUAUGAAAUAACGAA